AGUGAAGUUUGCAGAUCGUAAUAUAGCUGCUCCUUCAAAAUGUAAACUGUGUUCUAGAAUUUUGUCGAGAAUUUAAACUUGUGGCAAGAUUACAAGCGACAUGUCUUUAAAAACUUAAUUAAAAAUAAGGAGUUGCUAAUACAAAUUUGCUCAACUCAACUCGCAUGUUGUUUGUGUACAAUUUACUCAGCUGUUUCUUAAGUGAAGAGGGCUGCUGCAUGGGUAACAGUUUAGAUGUGAAGUGAUUAGGGUCGUGAAUUUCUGUGCUGAGUCAAAUGUAAUAUCGUGAUACAGGAAUGUAAGAUAUAAAGCAAAAUGGAUAAUGCAACAAAUACUCCUCAGGGAGUCAAUGACAAAUUUGAAAAUUCUCAUUAUGUGUCACCGUACGUUGAAAUUUCAGGCAGUAGUCAUGAAUUUGCUUCUGCAAAUUCGUCUUUACUGUUGGAUACGAGAGGCUCUGUCAACAGUUUUCUGGAUGAAGCUGAAAUCAUACAUCCUGUUUCUGAUCGGAAAUUUCUUCGUGCUAGUUAUGAAAUGCGGAAAAAAUUAAAAUAUUUCUUUAUGAAUCCAAUCGAAAAAUGGAACGAGAAAAGUCGUUUUCCUUGGAAACUCUGCCUUCAGAUAGUUAAAAUUGUUAUUGCUACUCUUCAGGUUGUUUUAUUUGGUUACCACAGUUACAGGUAUGUAAAACAGCAUUUUGAUAUGACAACGGCAUUGAGUCGGAUUUUUUUGAAAGACUGGUCAUUAGAUGUUGCUGUCUAUCCUCCGAGUAAUGGACCUUAUGCUGCUUAUACUGUGCCAGAAUUCUUCGAUAAUAUAAACUAUGUAAUAAUACAAUAUUCUAAAGUAGUAUCGAUUGGUAUUGGACCUUAUGGGUAUGAUAGCCCAAAUGGAACAAUGACUCCAUUGAAGUUUUGUGCCAAACAUUAUGACGGAAAGAUAAUUCCUGAAAAUUUAACUGUGGAAAUAAAAAACUCUGUAACAGAAAGUUGCUUGACUAUACCACUAAUUCAUCCCACGAGUAGUCCACUGUGGGAUGAUUUUUCUUUGGAGAAUUUUUUGCAUGCUUCAAAUUUCUCUUUAAAUUUUAAAACCUUAAUAGAUGCCAAAUUAUAUAUGCAGCUUAAAACCCUUUUUAUUAAAUCAUUGACGAAACUAGAUGUUCCAGAAUGUUAUAAAAUCUUGAUUUCUGUGUUAUAUGACAACAGCGAGCAUGAUGGACAGCUGCCAAUAUCUCUUUCUCUGAACUCGGAUAAAAUACCAUGCCAUAUCAUAACAAAACUAGACAGUGAUAAUGAAAAUGUAUAUUAUAUGUUGCGACAGCUUUUGAACUGUUCAGUAAUCAUAUUUUGUAUGUUGUCUGCUGUUUUAUGUUUGAGAUCACUGUACAGUGGACGUAAACUUGCAAAUGAGGCAGAUUGUUUUUUUAAACGUUAUUAUCGAAAGUGUUUAUCAUUUUCUGAAUAUUUAGACUUUAUAGACUUUUGGUAUGUUAAUAUAAUUAUUAGUGAUAUUCUAUUAAUUUUUGGAUCCUUAAUCAAAAUGCAAAUUGAAGAACAGAGUGCCGAAGGUAUGAUGUAUACAAAAUGUUCAAUUCUUUUAGGAGUUGGAAACCUUCAGAUUUGGAUUGGACUGCUACGAUAUUUAGGAUUUUUCCCAAAGUACAACAUGCUCAUUCUCACCUUAAAACGCGCAUUACCAAACAUAUUGCGAUUUUUAUUAUGUGCUGUGCUCCUUUACACAGGAUUUAGUUUCUGUGGAUGGAUAGUACUUGCUCCAUUUCAUGUGAAAUUCCAAACUCUUAGCAGGACAGUAGAAUGUCUGUUUGCUGUUAUGAAUGGAGAUGAUAUGUUUGCAACUUUUGCAUUAGUAAAUAGCCCUAGUAAUUUGAUCUGGUGGUUUAGUAGGAUUUAUUUAUAUGCAUUCCUUUUGUUGUUUAUUUAUGUAGUAAUCUCCCUGUGCAUUUCUGUGAUAAUGGAUACUUUUGAAAAUAUCAAGCAUAUCUAUAGACAUGGUGAAAUUCCUCAAACUACUGUGGAAAUAUUUCUUUCUGAUGAAUCAUAUACAUCGCUAUCCCCAACAUUUGAUGAAGUUGAAGAUAAUGAACCAGGAUAUCUUGAAAGAGCUCAGACAUGGUUGAGGUGGAAUUCAUUCUUCCAGUAUACUCGUCAUAAUUAAUAUUAACAACAACUUGGAAACAUUGGUGUUCAUUCUCCAGUUCUGAUGUUCUUUGGACUAAGAAAGCACUCUUCUUUUGUAGUGAAGACAAUGAAUCACAUACACUUGGCUUUCUAGCAUAAAGGCUUCUGCAUACAGUUUGUCAUAAUGCAACAAUUCCAGAACAGCUGCAAUUCUAAACUUAACUGCCAAGCUGUAGACUUCUCGUUACGAUGGACUGUUAUUACCAGAUAUCAAUCUUCAGAAGCAUUUGUUAUUUGUUUAAGACCUUAUCUAGGCCUCCUUACGAUAGCUCCAGAGAUUCGGAAAUUGUUUCCAUAGCUUAAAGACUAUCUUAAUACAUUUCAAGACACAGUUUUUAAGUUAUGGAAACAAUUUCAGACAUCUCACUGCUUCGAUGACUGUUUGCUCUGCUUUUAAAUGGCCAAUAAUUUGUCAGGCCACAAUUUCUCCCCAAAGAUUCUUCGUAGCCCUAACAAACUGUUUCAAUUCUUUACACACUUUAAUCAAAUGCUGUAUUGCAGAAAUUCUCUCUCAUAUUCACUUUGCACAAAACUUUGGAUUCGCUGCCAGAUAACGUAAUGCCUCGAUUUGCAUAUUAGAAACCAUUUUAUCAUUUUUGAUUAAUGUUACUUAGGUUUGUCUUUUACAUAUUCCCUGCAAAAAUAGAUUACAUAGAUUGUAUAUUCCAUGGAACACUAUUAUUUUUGGGUAUGUACAGAUAAAUUUGCAGAUGAGUAAUUUUCAGAAAGUUAACACAUUUCUUUUUCUUAUUUAUUAGUGCAUAUAACUGUUGGGGGAAAAAAGAUGUUCUUUAUGAUUCACCAGAAAACUGGGAUUAUUAGACCUAUGCAAUGUAUAAUCCAUUACUUCUCUGAUCUAACAUAAAAUUGUGCUUCCAAAUGACUGCCCCUUCAGAUUUCCACUACUAAAUGUGUUUCAGUAAUUUUUGAAGUAUAAGUUAUUUACAGUGUCACUUGUAACAUGUAUAUAUCUUUGUAUUUGACAAUUUAACUUACUUUAUUUGGUUUAUUAUUCCAUAUUUCUUUCUAUUAUUAUUAUGGUAUGAUUUACGAUAAAUAAUCAUUUUAUUUAAGAUGUAGUAAAAUAUAAUUUGUUUUUAUA